GUCCUCCUGGUCUAUUAGUGACUACUGAAGGUAAAAAUGGCCCUUGGAAGAUAACAGCAUGAACCUCAGGAUCCUCUGACAGUCAUCUGUGUUUGGGUAAACAUUCCUGGUGCCACUGACAGGGUCCUAUCUGCUCUCAUAUUACUGGCUGACUCUAAAGCAGCAGAGCCUCAAACCAACAAAGUACACUCCUUAAAUCAUUGACUUUGGUUUACUUUUAAGUGCAAUGAACAUAUUUACUGUCCCCCCUGACCCCCUGAAAAGCCCUCAUAGAGACAGAUACUUACAGAUUUUAGAUAUUCUUAUUUGUGCAUCAGAUUAAUUACACCUCUAGAUGAUUCUGUUUCCAAUAUUCUACUUCAAAUAGCAUUGGCAGAGGUGGACCAAAUGUGCUGUUCUUUGAAGUUCAGUGCAGUGCAUGUAAUGACAAACAGAAAUGCAACAGAUUCCAGUUGCACCAUCUCAACACCCAAACAAAACAAAGUUCAGCUCAAAGCAAACCAUGGAAAACCAGACCUUUCCUGGGGAAUGUUAGAGUCAGUGCUGAGAGUAUGUGAUGUGGGCCCUUCAUUUGUUGCACUCAGUUAAAGGUGAGACUGGGGAGCCGAAACGUCCCUCUCUUUUUCGCUCAACUAUUUUGCCUAAUGGUAGUAAUGAAUAUAAUAUGUGGUGUUACUUGUGAAUCUGGAAGUUGGCCUGUCCCUUAGCCUCUAAAAAAGUGACUGCUGACUUACCCUGUGUAGAGAUAGGAUUUGUUAUGUCAUACUGCUGACCUCACUACGGUGUUUCUUUCCUUUGUUUCAUUUUUGUCGUUUCACCUUUGUGUUCUUUCACUCCACAAUUGGAAAAUACCACAUGGGAAAUUCAUUCUAUUUCAACGUAAACCCAAAAUUAAUCAGAUUUUUUGAGGAUUUAGAAACAGUUCAAAACACAGGAAGAUCCGAUAUAUCAAAUAUUCUGCACUACUUCUAGAUCAACAAUCUAAUUUAAGCAAAUUAGUGGCAUAUACCAUUAUAAAAUGACACUUGAUUUGAUCUUUUCAAAGAGGCCUCUUUGGCUAAAUCUAUCUGCAGGCAUUGCUGAUUGUUCUACGUUGCUCACUGAGGGACACUGUGAGAAAACAUGCCAUCAGAACCAGGUGAACGUGUCAGAAUUAACUGUGUUAUUCUGAACAAAGGGGGUGUUUCCCAGUAUCAAAUCGAAUGCAAAACUGAGCAUGCGUCAAAGCUGAGCUGCUCGGGGUAACGCCAAGCUCAACACAAAACGCGAAAAUAUUGUGGUAGCAGAGAGUAUUUAUGUGCUGUAACCACGGCCACUCGAGUACGAAAGGGGUUUAAAUUUGGAGCGUUAUUUGUGAUAUGCCUCCAAAGAGAACAAAGCCUCAAACAAAGCAAAGUGGACUAGACCUCGCUGAACAGGUGCGUGUGAUUGACAUGGCUGGCACCAAUAUCAGCUCAGCGGACCUAUCUGCGUUGAUCAGAACCAUUUUAAGAGAAGAAAUAAGCUCAGCGAUCGAGAAACUUCAGCCGCAACUUGAUGCUGUGAAGAAAGAUAUUUCUACGUGUCAUAAUAAGGUUGCUGCUUUAGAGGAAUGUAUGAAUGCCAUAGAAGGCCGGAUGGCCGCGCUGGAGGAAUCAGACGCUAGUUUGCGUAAAGAGAACAAGGAACUUCGCGAAAGAGCCGAAUGGAGAAUCACAGUCGGAAACAUAACAUCCGAAUCCUCGGCUUGACACCAGGUGCUGAGAAGGGAAAUCCGACUGGUUAUGUGUCUGCUUUGCUGAAUGAACUAUUCUGGGAUAAACUCCAGCAUGCGCCUGAGGUGGACAAUGCGCACCGCGUCGGACCUGUGGCCAAAUCUGGGCAGCGCGCAAUGAUCGUACGGAUGCACAGGCUGGCUACUGGAGAAGAGAUUCGGAGGCAUUCUACAAGAGUGUGAUUGAACCGGACAUACCCAACCAAGGAGAUGAACAUUGAUGAUUAAGGUAUGAAUUUUUGCACUUGGCUGUAGCCUGUUAAUAAAAGACUGCUUUCUGAGUUUCAAAUACAGUCUUAAGUGCUUGUGGGAAUCUUGGUUCAGACUGUUAAAUGUGAUGGACAACUUAGAAGAACAUGAUUGGCAUGGAUUGUGAAUCUGAGACCACAGAUUAAUAAAAAUUAGGGUUGGGAUAGCCUUACAUAACAUGGGUUGUCGCAGACAAAUGUUGGCAAAAUGGAUGUGUAGGUGUGGAAAUGCGUGUGAGUUAUUGUCCUUAUAUGUCUGUCUUUCUUAUGUUUUAUUUUGUUUAUUUUGUCAAAUCGAUAGCUCUUUAACUGAUAUUUUGUUGCGUAAGAAGUACUACUUGAGUUUAAUAUGUUAUGGUGAUAGAUAAAACGUUAUUGAGUAAAGGAUUAAAAAUAGCUCAUUUGAAUAUUUGUAGGUUACGAAAUAAAAUUCAAGACAUUACAGUGAUUUUAAGGAACUAUAAUUUGCAUAUUUGGGCAUUAUCUGAAACACAUUUGGAUGCAACAAUAGACAACUCCCGUUUGGAUAUAGAUGGAUACCUUUUAUAUAGAUAUGAUUGAAAUAUAGACAGGGGUGGAGUGGCAUUUUAUGUUCAGGAUCAAAUACCUAUUAGAGUUUGACAUGACCUUGGUUGCCCUGGAGUUGAAGCACUUUGGUUGGAACUGCACUUAUUAUACAUUAAGCCAAUAAUUAUUGGCUGUUGUUACAGGCCACCCAGUGCCCCAAUAGUCUGUUUAGAUCAAAUCUGUUAUAUGUUGGGUAAAGUCUGUGACCUAAAUAAAGAGAUCUACUUUUUAGGUGGUUUAAACAUUGAUUGGGGCUUGAAUAAUUGCUCAUUAAAGAAUAAGCUAUGUUUCAUAACUAACACUUGUAAUCUGUCACAAGUUGUUACAAAACCAACCAGAGUAAGUUAUAGAUCUGACGGAACAAAAUCAGCUAAAUGUAUAGAUUUGCUUUUUACAAAUGCAAGGGAUUUGUGCUCAAAUGCAAUUUCAAAUUGUGUGGGUGCUAGUGAUCAUAAUUUAAUUGCUAUUAAUAGAAAAACAAAAGUCCCCAAAUCCGGUCAGAAAAUAGUCAUCAAACGGAUCUUUAAAUACUUUGAUGAAGAGAGUUAUUGUGCUGAUGUCAGAAGGGUUGAUUGGUCACAAGUAAUGCUGGAAGAAGACCCUGACACAGCCUUGGAGGUUUUUACAAACCUAAUAAUGCCAAUUAUAGAUAAGCAUGCACCACUAAAACGAAUGACAGUGAGAAAUAUUGCUUGUCCAUGGGUAGAUGCUCAACUGAAAGAAUAUUUUAAACAGCGAGAUGGACUAAAAGCUGAGGCUAUUUUAUCAGGUGAUAUUAUAAUAUGGGAGAGGUACAAGCAAUUGAGGAAUUACAUCACAAAAUUAAAUAGAGCAAAAAAGAGGGCUUAUUAUGAAAACAAGUUUAGGGAAGUAAAAUCAGACAGUAAAAAAACAUGGAAUACAUUAAAUGAAGUUACUGGAAGAAAAUCUAAAUGUGUGCCAUCAUUUUUAGAAUUAGAGCAUUCUUUUUUGACUAGACCUGCAGAUAUCGCAAAAUAUUUAAGUGAGUAUUUUAAAAACAAAGUAGAUAAUUUAAAGAAGAACACGAUUUUAAACCCAAAAAGUAAUUUAGGGUAUAGUAUGAUUAAAAAUAAUAUUCUGAAAAAUAAAUCAUGCUCAUUUAGUUUUGAUAGAGUGAGUGUAACUGUAGUAAAUAAUGCGUUAAAAUUAAUGAAAGUAAAACCUGCAGGUAUGGAUGAACUUGAUGUAAGGUUACUGAAAUUAGUGUCGGAUGUUAUUUCAAUUCCGGUGUGUCACAUCAUAAAUACAAGUUUACUAAAAUGUAAGUGUCCAGUUAAAUGGAAAGUUGCCUCUCCCUAAAAACAGUAAAGAAUCCUUUUCUGGGAAAAACAGCAGACCAGUUCGUAUCUUGCCCGUUUUGAGUAAAAUAAUGGAGAAAAUAGUAUAUGACCAAAUCAAUUUAUACUUUUGUAAAAAUGGACUGAAUUCUUCAUCGCAGCAUGCUUAUAAGAACGGGCACUCCACAACAACAGCCUUGGCUCAGAUCACUGAUGAUUGGAUGAAUUAUAUUGAGGACAAAAAAUUUGUUGGAACUGUAUUAUUAGAUAUGAGUGCAGCGUUUGAUUUACUGGAUCAUGAUUUACUGUUGGAAAAAUUAAAAGCUUACGGGUUCCAAAACUCUGCUAUUCAAUGGGUUAAAAUUUACCUUAGCAAUAGACAGUUUACUGUUUUUUUUUUUUCAAUGGCAGCUAUUCUGAGUCAAAGAGCCUUUCUUGUGGAGUGCCACAAGGAAGCUGUCUUGGUCCGCUGCUGUUUUCCAUUUUUACAAAUGAGUUACCUCUCAUCUUGGAGAAUGCCACCAUUGUUUUGUACGCAGGUGAUUUGAUUAUUUAUGUGUCCGAUCAUAACUUGGUGAACUUGAAUACCAGACUGAAUGAGGAGUUAAAAGUAAUAGAGGAUUGGAUCAAUGAAAAUAGGUUGGUAAUUAAUGCCGAAAAAACUAAAUGUUUGUUAAUAGGAUCACCCCAUCUGUUAAAAGAUUCUCCUGUGCUGAAUGUGUCUAUUGGAGGCUCAGUCAUUGAACAAGUUGUUGAAGCUAAGCUUUUAGGUGUUAAGGUGGAUAAUAUGCUCCCGUGGAAUAAUCAGAUCACAUAUAUAUAUUGAAUAAAUUUGGUAAAAGUUUGGCUAUGGUUCGCCGUUGCAGUAAAUGCAUACCACGUAGUGUGAGGAAAACAUUAGUUGAAUCAAUAGUUUUGUGCCAUUUAGACUAUUGUUCUAUUAUUUGGUCAGCCACAACAGAAUCAAACUUUAAUAAAUUACAGGUGGCACAAAAUAAAGCUGCUGGGCUUGUUCUGAGCUGUUCUUUCAGAACAAGCAUUGAGGAGAUGCAUCAUCGAUUGGCAUUGGCUGCAUGUAAAAAGAAGAGUACAUUAUUCCCUUAUAAAGUUUAUUAGAAAAAUUAUGAUCACAAAAGCCCCAGAAAUACUUUGUAAUAAACUCACUUUUUUCAGGGAUGUCCACCGGCAUUCAACACGUCAAGCAGAUGAGGGGCGUUUUUUGCUACCUGCCUGUAGAACCAAUCAGUCACAGAGGAUGGUGCGCUACAGGGCAAUGGUGGCAUGGAACUCACUACCACAGUUCUUGAACUUACAGUUGUAUGCGACCACCUUUUGCAAAAGGUUGAGAUUAUUUCUACUGACUCAAGAAUAACCAGAAAAUGGGUAUUUAGAUUAUGUAAUUAAAUGCUAAAUUAGCUAUUUUUGCUUGUUAUUGUUUGAAUAAGCAUGUCUAUAAGACCUGAAUUUUUACGUGUUAAGUAGAGCUACCUGAGAUUUCUUUGUUUUGUCAUUUUAGUGUGUGAAUUAUUUAAUUUUUCUUUUAUUGUUGUUUUGUUAUUGUUUUGUUAUUGUCUUUGUCAAAGCAUGUAAUGUCUGGUUGUAUGUGCAUCCUGUUUUUGUCUGCCUGUCAUGGCGCAACUGUGUUUGUGUGGAGAAGUUUAGACCCCAGGAAGAAUAGCUUCUGUCUGUAUGGUAGCUAAUGGGGAUCUAAGUAAAUAAACAAUAAACAAUCAAAUCAUAGCUGGACUGUCAGUUUCCAAGGUACUAGUACUCUCCACUUUGAAACACUUUGUGGAAGCUGGAGCAGUUGUAUCCAAAGCAGAAUCAGGCAGACAAAAAGUGAACACACCAUCAGAAGAUCAAUAAAUAAACUUUUUUGAAGAUGCAGAAUUUAGUAAAUGAAGAGCAUGCCUCCAAUCAGCAAAAGUCUUUUCAAAAGAAAAUUGUCUACUAAAGUCUCAGAGAACAAGUAGAAUCCGCAAAACUCUUCCUGGGAGGUUAAAACAAGGACAAUAACUUGGACCGAGCUAAGACUUAACAGCGUUUCACAGUAGGUGAUGGAAAAAAAACUCCUAUUUAUUGAUGAAUCCCAGUUAUAGAUCGGUGGCAGGAGACCAGCAGGAGAGAGAGUGAUAUCACAGUGGAUCAGACCCACAGUGAAACAUGCUGCUGAGAAUAUUCAGUCUGGGGGUGUACUGGACACCUGCAGAGACUCAACUCCACCCUGACUAAGGAGAAGCAGCUCUCCAUUCUGCUUCAUUGUCUGGUUUGCAACUUGGUGGAGAAGGAUUCAUACUGCAGCAGGAGAAUGAGACAAACCCUGUUGUGACCUAAAGACCAA